UGUGGAAGGAAAUGUAUUAGUACAAUCGAAGAAAAAGCUUAGUCGAUCAUGUAUGGUCUCCAUGGAUUUAAUCGUACCGCUAAGGAUACAAAAAUGAAAUCUUAUAUUGGCCUAAUUGAUGUAGCAGAAUUGGUCUGUCUUAUUUCUCUUGCGCUAUAAAAUUCCUCAUGCAAAGGUGUAUUUAGGAACGAAAAAAGGUUAACAGUAGAGAGUGAUGGAAGUGGGAAACAGAUAUGUGACAGUGAAGAAUCAGUUAGAGAGAGAUGAAGAACCAAAAGAGACAGAUUUUGAAUUCAAGACUAGUACCAUUUCACUUGCAUCAUUGAACUGUGACGAAGUUACAGUUCAGAAUCUUUAUGUAUCAAUUGAUCCAUACCAAAUCAAUAGAAUGAAGAAGCAAAGUUCUUCUCAUAAAGCCAUUAACUUCGCUUUUGCUCUUUCUCCCGGCCAAGCAAUCGAUGCUUAUGGUGUUGGGAGGGUUGUGGCAUCUACAAACUCUAGAUUUGAAAAAGAUGAUUUGGUUGCAGGACUACUAGGGUGGGAACAAUACAGCUCAAUACAAGGAGAAUUCAAGCUAAGCUUUCUAAGGAAGUUAGAAACCACAAUGGAUCUCCCACUGUCUCACCAAGUUGGAGUCCUAGGAUUAAGUGGGUUAACAGCUUAUGGUGGAUUCUACAAGGUUGGUAGGCCUAAAAAAGGAGACAAAGUUUUUGUUUCUGCAGCUUCUGGAUCAGUAGGAAAUCUAGUGGGACAAUAUGCCAAAUUAUCUGGUUGCUAUGUCGUUGGUUCUGCAGGAAACAAGCAAAAGGUAGAAAUGCUUAAAGAUAAACUCGGUUUUGAUGAUGCAUUCAACUAUAAGGAUGAACCUGAUCUUAGCUCAGCGCUUCAAAGGUACUUCUCGGAUGGCAUAGACAUAUACUUUGAUAACGUAGGUUCAAGGAUGUUAGAAGCUGCCAUUGCUAACAUGAACCCGUUCGGUAGAGUGGUUGCAUGUGGUGCGAUGUCUGAAUACACCUAUGAAACAAACCGAGCUUCACCAAAUAUGAUAGAUGUAAUAUACAAGCGCCUAUCUAUUCAAGGAUUCAUAACUCCUGAUUACAUGAAGAAUUACGCUGAAUUCGCAUCAAUUACAUCCGAUUACAUUCACAAUGCUAAACUACAUGUCUUGGAAGAUAUCUCAAUUGGUCUUGAGAGUAUUCCCUCUGCUUUUGUUGGAAUCCUUCAUGGCGACAACAUUGGAAAAAAGAUGGUUCAAAUCGUUAAGAAAAACAGCUACCAAGCAAUGUCCUAGAAUGUUGUUGCAUAUGUUCUUCAUGUUGGAGUGAGUUUUUUUCCUGUGAAAUUUUCAGAAUUUUCGCUGUACCGGAAUUGGUUGCUCAAAUAAUACACCAUCCUACGUUGUUUUAAGGAUGUAUUCUUUUCCUUAGUAUA